UUUUAAACCUGAGCUAUUACGCCUAUUAAUCAAGUGAUUAAAACAAAAUAUGUGAAAUAAAAAUAAUGAAUAUAAUAUGACAGCGAUAGAAAUUGUUUCUGUAUAAUACUUCUUUAUGCAUUGCAUUUAGGAAAAUAACAGUCAUGUCUGUCAGCGGCAAAAGAAAAGAAAUCUAUAAAUAUUUGGCACCAUGGCCAUUAUAUUCUAUGAAUUGGAGUGUGAGGCCGGAUAAAAGAUUUCGCUUGGCACUAGGUAGUUUUGUAGAGGAAUACAAUAACAAAGUACAAAUUGUAUCCCUAGAUGAGGACACAAGUGAAUUCAGUGCUAAAAGCACAUUUGACCACCCAUAUCCAACAACAAAAAUUAUGUGGAUACCUGAUUCCAAAGGCGUAUUUCCCGAUUUGUUAGCUACAAGUGGUGAUUAUUUGCGAGUUUGGAGAGCUGGUGAACCAGACACAAGAUUAGAAUGUGUGUUAAACAAUAAUAAAAAUAGUGAUUUUUGUGCACCUUUAACAUCAUUUGACUGGAACGAAGUAGACCCAAAUUUAGUUGGUACUUCUUCAAUCGACACAACAUGUACAAUAUGGGGUCUUGAAACUGGCCAGGUUUUAGGCCGAGUUAAUUUGGUCGCUGGUCAUGUGAAAACUCAAUUAAUAGCUCACGAUAAGGAAGUGUAUGAUAUAGCAUUCAGUAGGGCUGGUGGAGGACGAGAUAUGUUUGCUUCUGUAGGUGCAGAUGGUUCUGUGAGAAUGUUUGAUUUGAGGCAUCUAGAGCAUUCAACAAUUAUAUAUGAGGAUCCUGCACAUACACCAUUGUUACGAUUGGCUUGGAAUAAACAAGACCCAAAUUAUUUGGGCACUGUAGCAAUGGAUGCCUGUGAAGUUGUUAUUUUAGAUGUCAGAGUCCCGUGUACACCUGUUGCAAGACUUAGCAAUCACAGAGCUUGUGUAAACGGCAUAGCAUGGGCUCCACACAGUUCUUGCCAUAUCUGUACUGCUGGUGAUGACCACCAGGCUUUAAUAUGGGAUAUACAGCAAAUGCCUAGAGCAAUAGAGGAUCCUAUUUUGGCCUAUACUGCUGCUGAAGGUGAAGUUAAUCAAAUACAAUGGGGAGCCACUCAACCAGAUUGGAUAGCAAUUUGUUAUAAUAAAGCUUGUGAAAUACUUAGAGUUUAAAAUAGUUUUUAUGCGCAAGCCUGGCCUGGUGAUGAUUUUAUUAUAACAUAUUAAUUUUAUACAAAUUAAGAACAGAAAAUACUUGAGACCUAAUAAUGAUAAACAUUUAAAAAUGAUGACACCUAUUU